AUCUUGCUGUCAUUCGGUCGUUGCCACUCAUGUACAUCGGACGUGGUACACCUUUUGUUUGUUGGUAGGUGGUCAACAACCAGAAUGGCAUCUGUACAAUUCAGGCCUACGGAUGACGGUGCUACUUUAACAACCGAGAUGCUACCGUCGUUGAACGGGAAAGGGGUGGGGAGUCAACCCAAUGGCAAACCUAAUGGCGAGGUGAUGCGUUUAGAGCCUAAAAUUGGCCUUUUCAGUGGUGUGACGGUGAACGUUGGCUGUAUAAUCGGAUCAGGUAUUUUCGUAUCGCCAAAAGGAGUUAUAUUAAAUAUGGGAUCAGUAGGUGCUUCUCUUUUAAUAUGGACAUUUUCAGGUUUGUUUUCUAUGCUGGGGGCUCUGUGUUACGCCGAAUUGGGGCUAUCGAUACCAAAAUCCGGUGGUACAUACGCCUAUAUCCGAGAAGCGUUUGGAGAUCUUAUUGCGUUCCUGUAUGUAUGGCUCGGUUUGGUAGUUUUACUCCCAGUCACCUUUGCAGCUCUCGGUAUAAUAUUUGGACAGUACUUAUUGGAACCAGCCAUUGUAGCAAUGAACUGUACUGAUGUCGAUCUUACAGGCUGCACCCAGAUUCUUGCAAUACUCUGUGUAUCUAUUGUUUCGUACAUCAAUUGUCGUAGUGUGUCUCUGGCGGCACGGGUACAAGACGUCCUGACGGUAGUGAAGGUAUUGGCCCUUGCUGCUAUUAUCAUCAUUGGCGUUGUGGAACUCGCAAAAGGUAACACGGAAAAUUUUGAGAAUGCAUUUGAAGGAACAAAUUGGAUGGGACUUGGUGGUGCGCUUUAUUCGGGUCUGUUCUCCUACGCAGGAUGGUACAGUCUUAACUUCAUCGUAGAAGAAAUUAAAGAUCCUCCAAGAAACCUGCCGCGCGCAAUCGUCAUCUCUGUGUCCACGGUAACUAGUAUCUAUGUACUUGCGAAUUUAGCGUAUUUCACAGUUUUAACUCCUCAAGAACUGAUGCAAUCAAACGCUGUCGCUGUGACAUUCGGCAUCAAGGUGAUGGGCAAAUUCGCUUUGAUCAUGCCGAUAGCGGUUGCCUUGUCAACAUUAGGAUCAAUCAACGGAACUCUCCUCACCUCUUCUAGGUUGUUCUUUGCUGGGGCACGUGAUGGUGUUUUGCCAAAACUGAUCUCAAUGAUCAACGUUCGUUACAAGACACCGCUUCCGGCACUGUUCUUCGUGAGCGUGCUGUCUUUAGUGUACGUAUUCGUCAAGGACGUGUUCCAGUUAAUAAACUACUUCAACUUUGUCACUUGGACCUCGUCUGGAAUGGCAGUAUUAGGGUUGUUGUACCUCAGAUGGAAGCGACCUGAAUUGGAAAAGCCGUAUAAAGUAAACAUUGCCCUACCAAUCGCCUUUGUAAUAGCGUGCGGGACUCUGGUUACACUGGGCGCGAUCGCUGCCCCCAUGGACACUGCUAUUGGAGUAGCAAUAACAUGUACUGGAGUACCCAUAUAUUGCCUACUCAUUAAACCACGACACCUACCCAGGAUUCUGACGUUAUUUGUUGCUAAAUUCUCAACAGUAUUCCAGAGGUUGUUUUUAGUAACAGCCGAGGAAAAGUACGAGUAAACGCAAAAUAAUAGACAAUAAAACCAAGAAAAUACUACAAUCACACAAGAUAUAAACCUACACAUUUAAGUGUUAUUUACACUUAACGACUAAAACGCAAAGAAAUAGCCAAAAUAGAAGGAACGCAGAAAAUCAAAUUAAAGAAAAUGGUGCACAAAAACGUCCAAAUCGAUGCGGGUUGUUUUAUUAUUAGGACCUAUAUCAUUGCAGAACGUGUUCAUCAAUUAUGUUCAUAUGUUAACAUGUUGUUUUUUAUUCAAAACAAUUUUGAUGAACCUGUUAAAGAAUUAGUAAUUAGAAAGUAAAAUGAAAUUGCCGUUAUUUCAUUUUUAUUUAUUUUUCUAUUGGAUUUUGUUUGUAAGAUUAGGACAAAGUUAGUUUCUAUAAACUAUAGAGGGCGUACAACCACCAGCGGUCGAGAAGUUUUGUAGGCUUAUACAAAUAUGAAGCCAAGGAUCAGAUUAACACCUAAUAACAAUUCAU